UGUUAAAACAGUAGGUAAACAAACUGGGGGAGGAGAAAAGAGCGUAAGCACCAGGGACUUCGCAGGCAGGGUUCUCGGGGACUCUUUUGUACCUGUUUUUAUUCAUUUUGUACACUUUGUAUUCGACUGUUUUCUUAAAGCACUUUUACUACUUUGAUAUUCAGGCAUCGGAUGUUUUAUCUGUGCUUCGUUUCCUGUAACUAGCUUGGCAACAGAGUAGGAAAUACCUCGAGUCGACGGUUUGGCAAAUAGAAGCAAAAAAACACAAAACAAGUGAAUCGUCGGAGGAUAUUCAAUGCUGCGUUUUGCUACGCGACAGCUGUCAUCGUGAUCACAUAUCAAAACAAAAAGCAACACAAUCUAGAUUUAUUCAGACGAUGACUGCUGUGCUGAAUAUCCAGAGGUUACUGGAAGCAGCCGAGUAUAUAGAAAGAAGAGAAAGAGAGAGUGAACACGGAUAUGCCUCGACCUUUCCGUCUAUUCAGCACUCCAGCUACCAGAGACAAAGGAAACUCCGAAAUAAAAAGUGCAGCAACAACCACAACAGGUCUACACACAAUGAGCUGGAGAAAAACCGGCGAGCCCACCUUCGCUUGUGUCUGGAGCGAUUGAAGGCUCUCAUCCCGCUGGGACCAGACUGCAGCCGUCACACCACUCUGGGACUGCUCAACAAGGCCAAAGCACACAUAAAGAAACUGGAGGAAGCAGAGCGUAAGUCCCAGCAUCAGUUGGAGAGUUUGGAGCGAGAGCAGCGUCACCUCCGGAGGCGACUGGACCUGCUGCGGGGCGGCGGGGGCGUGCUGGAGGGCGAGAGGAUACGCACUGACAGUGUAGGCUCCACCCUCUGCUCCGAGAGAUCCGACCGCUCCGACUCAGACCAAGAAGAGAUGGAGGUGGACGUGGAGAGCACAGAGUUCUCUCACGGAGAGCUGGACAGCGUCAGCACAGCCAGCACCAGCGAUCUGGACGACCACAGCAGUCUACAGAGCACUGCCAGCGAUGAGGGCUACUCCUCCUGCAGCAUCAAACUGGCCUUUAGCUCAUAAAACGAGCUCCCCCUUUUACACACACACACACACACACACACACAUACACACUAUCCCAGCCCUCGAGAUGAGUCCUGCCUCCAAGCCACCUUUCCCUCCUCGACCAAUCAGAGACUCUUAUUUAAGUCAGGUGACCAGAACACCGCCCGCCCUAUCGAAUGCCUGAUGUGUUGUUUUAAGUUGGUGAAUGUAUCUGAGAGAAUAUGGAUAAGACGGAAACAAUCUGUGAUUGUGAUUUUAAUUGGGUUAAUAGAUGGUUUUAUUCCUGAAUAAGAGACUUUUCUGAUAAUUUUCAUUAUCUAAAUCCCCUUUUUUCCGAAGGAAAGCUAAGAUGUAUAAAAAUAGAUGUUACGUUUUAAUUCAAACCCCGAUUGUUAAUUCUCUACAUGAAUGGGUCGUGAACUGGUCACUAGUGAAACAUUCAGCAAAACCCAGCCAAAUUGGAUCACCUGACAUGCGCAACGCCAUAUCAACACAACCUGUUGAUUUCCUCCUUAUCUGGUCUACUGGUUCUAACGUCGCUGCUGAACGACGACAAGGACUGUCAUUGGUGCUACGUGACGAAACCAAUAAAGCAGAAAGAUCUACUGCGUUCAUCAAAGACGACGGAAAAACAACAAUCCCAUGGCUGUGGGAAUUUUUGGUGCAUUAAAUCGUGGAGCUACCUUCCACGCAGCAGCUAAAACCCAGCGAUCUUGCACUCGACCGCGUAGAGCCCUCCGUAGAACUGGCGCCACGUCAGAGAAAUAUCCACCCCCCGUGUUUAACUAGAUGUCUCUCCUGGCAGAAAUAAGCAAUAAACUCUUGUAGUCAGAUCAACACAUUAGCACUCCUACUCCUGAGACACAACGCUUGUGUCCGUCCAAAAGAGCAACGCCAACAUGCUCGUUUUUGUACAUAAAUACAAUAGUUUAAUAAAUUAAAGUUGAAAAAAAGGUAGUUGCCCAUGGGUAGAAAUUGCCUCUGUUGCUGUAUGUCUUGUGUUUUGUGCAUUUUAAAUUAUAUUUUUGCAAAGAUUGACUAUCUUCCUCUUGAGAGUCUUUUGCGGUGGCAUGGACAGUAUUAUUUGUUCAUUAUGCUGGAUGAAACGUAAGUAGUUUCAAUUCUGUGGCUGCCUGAGGAAUUUUACGACUUUCUUUAAAACUAAACCAACACACUGAAGUACUUAAAAUCGGACACACAAGAACUAGUGACCGCAGGCAGUGGUCGGUGGGACGCCAAAGCGUGGACCUCUGUUCAAGGCAUGCUUACUCUGAGUGGCGCUCUUUAUUUAUUCGAUUUUUUUGUUCUGAAUUUUAUUUGUUUUAAGGCUGAAAGGCAUUCCACUACUAGUGUCGUGUGCUGUGGACGUGGAGUGAGCGGCGCAAGCGCGCCAAAAAUCGGCGCGAAGCGCUACGAACUCUUGCUUCCCGCUGUACUGUAUGUUUAACUCAUUAAUUUCUUUAUUUUGUGUGAGAAGAAGCAAAUUUGAUUAAUUUUCCUCACGUUGUAUUUAUUUUCUCCCCUUGAUCCGAAAUCGGAUGAAAGGGUUAACUUAUUUCAUUCGUCAGAUCUUUGAUGGCAUUCCCCUCUUCUAAACUCACUCGGUCUGUGAUUUAUUAUUAUUUUAUUUUAUAUUUCCUCCCCAAAUGCAGAGCUGCUUUUUAGUGCGGUUUAAAGCCAAUUUGUAAACGUUCUGCCUGCAAUAGAGCAGUACGGACAUCUGCUAGGUGUCCCGAUCCAGCAUCAACCAAAUGCUUUUGGCUGCUGAACGGCCCAUAUGUGUGGAGUAGUUGUACUCACCCCUGUUAAGAGAGUUUUAGUAUUGACUGUUUUAGUCGGGUGUAAAUUCAUUGUGUUUAGAACAAACUGUUUUGGUCGCGCGGACGAAUGCGUUGGAACCGAACUCAGCGGUGCUUUAUAAACACCUGGCCAAACCACAGACAAGAACCUCUAUUGUCGUCCUCCUCGGCGGACGUGUUGCUUUUGUCUUUUGUCUCUCCUUUUCAUUCAUAUUGUUUUAUUGGUUUAUGAAUCUGCACUAUUUAAAGCCAGGGCCCAUACGAAGAUGCCAGUGCUUUUGUUUUGUUUUAUUUAAUUUAAUUUUUUUGACGAGAAUGGACCGUGUCCUGUUGAGGCCACCGAUCCUCAAGGACACUUCCAAGAGAAGUGGUGCUGGUCUGGGAUCAGCUCUUUUACGUCUCUGAUCUCAGUCGCUCCGGAGGAAAAUAAAAAUGCUAAACGGAUCCUGAAACAGCAUCUGUGUUUUGUCAAAGAGACUCGGGGAAAAGGGUCUGUUGAAGGCGAAGCUUUUCCACCCGGAAGGAACAGAGGUCCUGAUGAACUUGUGGCCAUUCUUUGUAAACAUGCACUCUGAUUCUAGCUGUGAGUUAAAAUGCAAUACUUACAAUAAACACCAAGAUUGUCAAAAAAAGA